AUGGCAACGAUUACCACCGAAGGCGUGCGCCAUGUUGCAAACUUGGCUCGCCUUGAGUUUAAUAAAGAAGAGAUGGAGCACUUUACGGAUCAGCUCGCCCGAAUUCUGGGCUAUAUCGGGAAAUUGAAUGAACUGGAGACAGAUGAGGUGCCACCGACAUCGCACAUCCAUCCACACCAAGUUUUUAUCAUGGGUUCAGAAACCGAGGCAUCUCAUGUCGCCAAACCGGAUGUUGUCAAACCCUCAUAUCCACGCGAAGAGCUCAGAGCGCGUGAGAUCACUGCUGUGGAACUCACCGAAUCUGUCUAUGCACGUAUCGCUGAGGUGGAGCCUCACGUCAAGGGGUACCUGACGCUAACAAAGGACCUUGCCUUGGAGCAGGCGAGUCGUGCCGAUGCCGGAUUUCAAAACGGGGACGAUAUGCCUGCCCUGGCGGGUAUCCCGAUUGCCAUUAAAGAUGUGAUAUGCACUAAAGGUGUUCGUACGACGUGUGCCUCUAAGAUCCUUGAAACCUUCGUACCACCUUAUGACGCGACCGUCAUGAAGAAACUCCAUGCGCAAGGCAUUGUUAUGAUCGGUAAGACGAACAUGGAUGAGUUUGCCAUGGGAUCCUCUACCGAAAACUCAGCAUAUCAGAUUACACAUAACCCGUGGGAUUUGGACACUAUCCCCGGUGGUUCCAGUGGUGGUUCUGCCGCGGUUGUAUCCGCGGAUACUGCUAUCUGUUCGCUGGGCUCGGAUACAGGCGGUUCAAUUCGUCAACCCGCAGCACUCUGUGGUGUCGUCGGAAUGAAGCCGACGUAUGGACGUGUCUCUCGUUACGGUUUAGUCGCAUUCGCCUCUUCACUUGACCAGAUCGGUCCGUUUACCAAAGAUGUCACCGAUUGUGCGCUGCUACUCAACGCCAUCUGUGGGAGUGACACCAUGGAUGCCACCUCCGUUGAUGUCCCCGUGCCUGAUUUCACGCAGAGUCUCAUUAACGACGUGAAAGGCUUGAAAAUCGGUAUUCCGAAAGAGUAUUUCACGCCGGCAUUAGACUCGGAAAUUGCCCAGCAGGUGCACACUGCCACUGCGGUUCUUGAAGCCCUCGGCGCGACGGUUGAGGAAAUUUCUUUACCACAUACGGAAUAUGCCAUUGCGACGUACUACAUUAUCGCUCCUGCUGAGGCGAGUGCGAACCUCGCGAGAUACGACGGGGUCCGUUACGGAUACCGGAACGAAAAUCCGGAAGAUCUGAUUGAUAUGUAUAAAAGGACGCGGAGUGAAGCGUUCGGUGAGGAGGUAAAACGCCGUAUUAUGAUCGGCACCUUCGCCCUGAGUGCAGGCUACCAAGACGCAUAUUAUCGAAAGGCACAGAAAGUACGGACGCUCAUCAAAUCUGAUUUUGAUGCCGCGUUUGAGAAAGUUGACGUUAUUGCAACGCCCACCUCGCCUACACCUGCAUUUAAAAUAGGUGAGCGAACCGAUGAUCCGUUGCAAAUGUAUCUUUCCGAUGUGAUGACAACGCCUGCGAGCCACGCCGGGUUACCCGGUAUCUCUGUACCGUGCGGUUUUGUGAAAAACGGGUUACCGGUUGGAUUACAACUCCUCGGUGCGCCUUUUGCAGAGAAAAAAGUGUUGCGAGUUGCUUAUACUUUCGAGCAAAACACGGAUCACCAUCGGCAGAAGCCGAAAAUCGGAACUUAA